AUGGCUGGCACGAUAUUGCAAGCCAUCAAAAGCGUAGGUUUCGAUAGGGCACUCCUUUUGCUGACUCUUUUGCAAAUAGCAAUUGUCCUGUAUGUAUUUUGCAAAAGAACGCGGCCAUUCCCGAACAUUCCGGUAAGCGGUUUUGAAGGGGGUGUCAAAAAGGCUAGAGAACGGUUUAUCAGCAAUAGCGUUGCUGUGAUUGACGAGGCUGUCAAGCGUAAUGGGCAGAAUGUGUGUCAGAUUUUCACCGAUAACGAGUUCGUCGUCCUCCUACCGCCGUGGGCCAUGGAGGAGGUACAGAGCGACAAGAACUUCAAUUUCGAAGAGAUAGUCAAACGGGACUUCAUGGGCGACUGGCCGGCGUUUGGACAGAUGCACAAACUUUUCGCACAUGGCGUCUUUCAAGAAACCAUCCGUGUUAAACUCACCCGAGCAAUCCCAAAGCUUAUGGAACCGCUGUCGAGUGAGGCCCGCACGAUGCUGACUGAGUUGUUUCCUCACACCCAGGAAUGGACAGUUACGGAGAAGCCCAUGUGGGACACUACUCUUCUCCUCGUCUCUCACUUAUCCUCUCGGGCGUUUUUGGGCGAGCCACUUUGCCAUAAUCGCGAAUGGCUGGACAUGUCCAUAAUCUAUGCGCGUGAGAUGAUUCAAGCAGUUCUCUCGUUUCGCCGCUGGCCGCGUCUCCUCCGACCCAUCGUCUACUACACGGGCCUACUCUGCCCCGAGAUCAAGGUCAUGGAGCGACGUCAGAGGCAGGUGUACGCCUUCAUCGAGCCGGAGCUUCACCGGCGGCGGGCACUUUGGGGCACUUGGAACAAGAAUUCAAAGCCACACACCAACAAAGAAGAGGAUAACAAGCCGCUUGACACCUUGCGGUGGCUAGACGAAGUUGCCGCCGAGAAAGGUCAGCCGAUAGACGUGGUGCUAGGGCAGCUGGCCAUCAAUCUAGCCGCCGUGCACACAUCAUCGUCUCUGCUUGCCAACGUCUUGUUCAAUAUUGCGGCUAGACCAGACUUGGCAGAGGAACUGCGCGCGGAGAUCGUUCGUAAUAUGGGUAGCGGCGAGCUGCGCUGGAGUGAGGUCGACAAAAAGGACCAGCUGCGCAGGCUCCAGCUCAUGGAUUCAGUGCUCAAGGAGACGCAGCGCUUCCACACGCCAAAUGUCAUCGUCAUGAAGCGCGCCACCGUAGGACCCGCCACGCUAUCGGACGGAACCCGUAUUCCCGCCGGGGCUACCGUGGGUGUUCCCGUCUCAUGGAUGGCGCACCCAUCCGUUUGCGAGCGCGGUGACGAGUUCGACGGACACCGUUACCUGCGGUUGCAGGAGGAGGACCCAAACAGUAGCGGCCGCUGGAACUUUGCGACGACAAGCAGUGCGCACUGGGGCUUCGGCCAUGGUACCCAUGCUUGCCCGGGGCGCUUCUUCGCCAGCGUUGAGUUGAAGAUUGCACUGGCACAUUUGCUGAUGGGCUACGAAUGGCGGUUGGAAGGAGGCAAGACGGGCGCCGAGAACAUGCCCAAGACAAGCUUGCUAGUGGACCAAAUAAUGCCGGAUAUGACGGCGAGGUUGGAGUUCAAAUCUAGAGCCAAGGUAUAA